GCAGUCCUAUAUUGACUCGAUAGUCAGGUACUGUAGGAUAGUUUUCUGUGAAGCAAAGCAGCCGAAGCUGAUAGAGGUGGGGUGGUUUUUUGUUUGGGUUUUUUUUGUUGUUUUUUUUCUUUUCGGUUUUGGUUUUUUUACAUUAACAUGCUAAUGGACUUGUUAGGAAAAAUAUGUAGCAGGGGUGAAUCUUCUUUUGCUCUUUAAAACAUGCUUUUUUCCAGGUGUGUUUUUUCUCUUUUUUUUUUUUCCCCCUUCCAAUUUUGGUAGUGAAACAACCAGGAAACUCUGGAAACAGUGUUUUGGAGGUUUUUUUAAUUUUUGACACGUAGAAUGGAGUUACAGUGAUUCUGUGAUUGAUGGAGUCCAUCCAUUUGAAAAUAAGGCGUAAUUGCCUGAUUUUUUUUUUGGAAACUGCAGGACUGUAUGGAUUUGUUUCUUUAUUUAAACUUUUUAAUAAAUAAAUUGUAUUUGUGAUAGUGGAAAGCCUGCACACUGGUGUGAUGGAGUUCAUAUUUCUUGUUUUAUAUUUUUCUUUUUUUAUCUGCCUCUGUGCUUUGGUGUGCCUGUAUUUUUCUGGCUGCCAAGAAAUGACAUAUAAACAUGAAGGUAAGAAGUUACUGAUUAGCUCAUCUGAUUGCAUUACAAGGAAAUUCAUCCUGGAUCAUUUUCAUCAUGUUAGAUUAAGUACUCGAAAAUGAGAUAUUUAGAUGUAAAGGGAAACUACUUUAGCAGCAGAGAAAUCAGAUUAUUUAUAUGUAAGUAGAUCUAAUCCAAACCAUUAAAAAUAUGAGGGUAUAUUGAAAUUUGCAUAUAAUAUGGUCUAUGUGUCAUUAUUGAUUUAUAACAUUCUAAACUUUGAUGUUUACUGAGCACCAUACUUCAUCAGAAGGAUUAAUACUUGAGUUAUA